CGCAGGACUUGCAUACCUCAUCUAGAUUUGCCAUUCCACAGAGCACAUUUUCUACAAGUUAUUAUAAAACAUUGUCAUCAAAUAUAAACCAAUCAAUUGCUGGCAAGAACUUCAAGUCUGCUAGGUCAUUACUCAUUUCCCCGCCGGCAGCUAAUCCUCACAUCAAGAACAUCCCUAUCAGGACGUCCAUCCCUCCCCCACCUCCAUUGUCACCAUGCCCUUGGUAUGGGACGCAUCCUCCCGUUGUACAAUAUCAAAGGUCACUGCCACCUCCUCUGAAGCCCGCCAUACCUGAAGCACCAUUUCUUGUGCCUGACGGACAGGCACCCGCUAUAUUACCUAAGCCUCCAUCCCUGCAACCCAGCCCUCCAUCCCUCCAAACCAUACAACCCAGCCCUCCAUCCCUCCAAACCAUACAACCCAACCCUCCAUCCCUCAAAACCAUACAACCCAACCCUCCAAUCCUCCAAACCAGUUCUUCAUCCCAGGAACCCAGUCCUCCAUUAGUUAACACAACAUCAGAAAUCACUACCGAGUUUUUAUCAUCAACAUCAGUUAAGUCCAGACUGUUGCUAAAUUUGACUUCCAAAAAAACAAUGACUGUAUUGAAGCAUCCUGAAAUUAGCCAAAUGAUAAAUUCCAGCAGAAUUAACGAUGCUUUGUUUUAUGUACGGGAAUUGGACAGUAAUGAUAGUGUGACGAUGAAUGAUACUGGGAGACCGGGCUUUUCUAAAGCUAGCACCACUAUAGGUGCCUUGAGAGAACUCACUUCACCGUCAGUGGAUGAGAUGCAACAGAAUAACUGUAUCAGGCAAGCAGAUAACAGUUUGACCCAACAGAAUAACAGUAAGACAGCUGUCGAUCAUGAGCCUGGGGUAAAUGCAGAUGACCAGAACUCUAACUCGUUAACAUCUCUUCUGAGUGGUGAUGAGGAUGAUGAGUUUUGUCCAACGGUUUCAUUUGAACAAACUCCAGUUGACGGCAUCAAUGAACAAGGGUCUAAGAAGCUAAUCAUUGAUGAAAGGGAACUUGAGAAAGAGGAAGAAAGUGCAAUUCUGCCUGCAAUUAAUAGUUCUGACUGUAUGAAAGAUACAAGUUUAAACAUGUCUGAAGAGUCAAAUAAAUCAAAAGAGGACAAUGAUUCUCUGUGCGCUUUGACCAAACCUUCAUGCAUGCAGCAGAACCAGCAAGAGACGGCAGGCAACGCCCAGCUUCUGACAUUGCCUUCCGAUGUUGCCAAGCAGUUGAAUCUCAAUGAACCAAUAGCGCUCAAGAUUAACGGCGUGGAGCUCAUCGUGCCGCCAGCCUGUAUUUUCCACACGCCCACCGAAGGUGUCAAAAUACUUUUACGGUCGGGCAGUUUCCAAGUUCCUGUCAAUCCCUCGUCAAAAUUUAAGGUUUCCAUAUCCAAGGUGAACCCGCCAUCGGCCGGCAAUGCUCUCACAGACUCAGACAUCACCCGGUCUGUGCCCAAGUUAACCAGCAGGCAGUAUCUUCAUUCAUUCAGAAUGCUGCAGUCGAGCUUAAAUAUCAUGUCAAAAAUAUUUGAGUAUUUACCAACACCAAGUCUUUUGAGGUAAGGUAUUUAGUAUUUACUCCUUUUACAACAAUACACAUUUUAGUAUUCCCAAUUAAUUCUGUACCAAAUGUGUUCAAAGUUUAUGUUAAAAAAUUUAGCUCUAACUUUUUGAACCAAGUUUAUGUUCAAAAGUUUAGCUCUCUAACUUUAUGCUCCAAUAUUAUGUUCAAAAUUUUAGCUCUAACUUUAUGCUCCAAGCUUAUGUGCUCAAGUUUACUAAAUAUCUUAAUGCUAUUCUGAUUUUCAUAUGAAAUCAGUCUUAACAUAGAAACUCCUAUUUAUAUUUACAGUAAAAUACAUAUAUUUCUUCAGUUUCUGAAUUUUUCAAUAUGUACUCUGUAAAUAUAGAAUUCUUGUCAUUAUGCUUGUUUGUCUUAUUGAUUCUAUUGUUGCAAAAGAUAUUUUUCCAGCUCAUUUCACUGUUUGCAGUUUCUUUUACUUUCUUAGUCUCUUCCCCAUAAGUUCCAUGGUCUUCCCCUCUUUCUUUUGCCCUGUGGAUUCCAUGAAGGUAACUGUAUGAGCUCAAUGGUCUUCCCCUCUGUCUAUAGCCCUGUGGAUUCCAUGGUGGUAUCUGUAUAAAUUCCACCAUCUUCCUGUCUGACUAUGGCCAUAUGGAUGUCAUGAUGGGAACUGUGGAGUUAUAUUUGAUUUGGUUGUCUCGGUGUAUGGUUUCACUGUAUUUCCUGCUACACGCAAUCACUUUCAGAUCUUUCCCAAGUUUUGUUCUUGUUUGGAAUCUUUUCAAACCAUUUUUUUUAGUGGGAUAUAGUUCAAGUAUGGGUUUAAAUAAGCAGUAUCCAGUACUGAGUUUGGUUGGUCUUCAUUUUAACGCACAUAGAGAGGAAUGCACUUGACGUCUGAGUUCAAUAUUUUAUUAAAUGCUUCUCUGGCUUUCACUUUUCUGGUUCUGUCUUCUGUCCUCAUCGGUUCCACCUUCCUUACUAAAGGUAUUCCAAAGGAUAUAUAAUUGAAUCUGGGAGCUCGAGAGGUAGCAUUCUUAGUUUUAUAUGAUUGCUGCUUCUGUCAUUAAUGUCCAUUUUAUUUGUCUACUUAUUGAAACUGUUGAUGUAAAAUAAAAUUGUGACUUGUUUGCUCUCUUCUGUGUGUAGAUUAAAUGAUCAAUUUUGUGUGCAAAUUCUUGAGAUUGUUGUCUAAAUACUGCUUACUGCAAAGCCAUCUAAAAAGUAUCAUCAGCAAGAAUUGAAUAUUUAACCAGGGCUUUGGAGUGCAUUGGAGCACGGAGCAGGAUUUUUUGCUGAACUGGGAUUUUUGGGAGCUCUGAACUCCAGCAAAUUUUCAAUUUAAAAAAAAAAACGGGAACCACAUUGGAAUACUGGAAAAAUUCCCAGAUCUCUUUAUACCAAUACAUGAAAAAAAUAUCAAUUGAUGCCCUAAUUUAUAUGCCACCAUUAUCCUCUCCCUGCUAUGACCACUUUACCCCCUGAAUUGUCCAUCUCCCCUUCUGUGCAGUUAACACCUGGAGGAGAUCUGAAGCUUUAUCAAUAUUACCAGUAGAUGAGCACUAAAAACAAUUCCAUGCAUUUGGUUUUAAUGAAAGAAUUUCCUUUUCUUGCUUUUUCAGAACAAGAAGUGUUUGUAAAUUUUGGAACGACUUUAUAAUGAAUCAUUAUUCUGUAAGUCCAAUCAAAUAUUCUUUCAUUUAGGUUGUUGGGGGGAAAAAAACAUUUGAUUUUACCUCUUUGAAAUUGUUGAUGUUAAUGACAUUACUACAUUGUGUAAGGCGGCCUGACCAAUAUUCAACCAAUUCAGAAGCACUGACUUUUAAAGAAAAUUAUUUAAAUAAAAAUAUUUUUACAGUUUAUACCUAAAUUUACAAUGCUAUCAAAAGAAAUAUCCCUUGUUUUGCACAGUUUAUACAUAAAUUUACAAUGCUAUCAAAAGAAAUAUCCAUUGUUUGGAUCAAUAUAAAAACACAACUUAUUUUAAUUUGGGAAAUACAUUUUUCUGUGUCUGAUAUUUAAAUAUUUUCUUCAAGAUUCAGUGAAUAAUUAAUUUAGGAGAAAUGUUUGUUUUGAAAAUUUUUAUUUGGUACACAGAAUAAUGAGCACAUUUAGGUUAAAUGGUACAUAUGAUGAUAUGAGCACUUUUAGAAUAAAUGGUACAUAGGAUACUAUGAACACUUUUAGAAUAAAUGGUACAUAUGAUGAUAUGAACACUUUUAGAAUAAAUGGUACAUAGGAUUAUAUGAGCACUUUUAGAAUAAAUGGUACAUAGGAUCAUAUGAGCACUUUUAGAAUAAAUGGUACAUAGGAUCAUAUGAGCACUUUUAGAAUAAAUGGUACAUAGGAUCAUAUGAGCACUUUUAGGAUAAAUGGUACAUAGGAUAAUAGGUGCACUUUUAGGAUAAAUGGUACAUAGGAUAAUAUGUGCACUUUUAGGAUUUUGUUUAAAUGUUAAUCACAGACUGUGAUAAAUCUGUUUUCAUAGUUAAGGCUGUGAAGGAGGGGCUAAUCCAAAAACAGAUUUUGAGCAUAAGCCAAAAUUUAAGAAAUGGCACAGGGAGUUUUAACUCAAAAGGUUUUCUAUAACUAGCUUGCACAGUUGGUGAAAGGUGUUUGAGAAGCAACGCCGAUGUGAUGUAAUCCAAAAGUUAUAUUUUGUGGAAGUUGGUUUAAGUGAGGUCAACAAACUUUACUUGCGUACAAAGAAAAAGUGUAGAAAUGAGAAUGUGAGGAACUAAUUGACUGCUUAGAAACUUAACUCAUCAUUGAAACAUUUUUACCAGUCACAUCACAACUUGAACUAAGCAUUGAAAAACUGCUAAGAAGAUGUGACAGUUAGCAGUUUUUCAAUGCUUAGUUAUAGACAAAUGAAAAUGCAAUGAUUGAAAAAUUUUGAAAAAUAAUUACCAUUUUUCGAGAAGCUAAGAAAGCAGGGAGAGACUAUAUGUAGCCACUAUUUCUGCACAGCUGAGACUCAAAAGACUAUAUGUAGCCACUAUUUCUGCUCAGCUGGGACUCAGAAUAAAUAGAAUCAAGAAAAAAUCAUUAAAAUAACACCAAGAACACAUCUCCUUAGCAGGAAUUGCACUUGAAGAGGUGGAGUCAUUGACCUACUUGGAUAUUACAAUUGACAAAAAUAGCAAAACUCUAUGGAUAUGACAUAAAUAGCAGAUCGAAGCAGAUGUCAGGGCUAGAAUUGGAUAGCUACAUCAGUAUUUUUGCUGUUAAAGAAAAUUGGGAAUCAAUGGCGAUGACUCUGCAAAUAAGAGUUAGUAUUUUCAACACCAAUGCCGAGUCAGUCCUACUUUAUGGAGUGCUUGAGGACCACUGCUAUUUUGUGAUUGAAUUUGGUUCCUAUAUUUAUGGCUGUGAAUUCAAUAUUUCAGUGGCACUCAGUUCACCUGGCAGGGGUUUACAUAAAAAACUGGAUGAUAGCAGCUGAAUUUCUAAACAAAGUCAAAGUUAAAAAAUUGGUAAGUUACAGAUUCUAUACAGCUUCAAAUGAAAUAUUUUAGUUGCUAUCUUAUUACUUAUCAUCCCUUGUUAGUGGCAUAAUUUUACAAUCCUAUUAUAUAUUUUUUUUAGUUUGAAAAUUCUCAAUGUAAACAAACUUUCUUUACUGUUUUAAGCAUCUACACAUUAUUUAGGUUAAGUUCUGUAAAAUAACUGUCACAGAUAUAAUUAUAUGGGAGAUAAGUAAUACAGCUCGACUUACAACCACGAUCGGUUCCGACAGACGGGCCAUAAAACGAUUUGGUCGUAAGUUGAGUACGCUAUGUGUACAGUAAUGUGAAGUGAUGUUAUAAAAAAUUUAAGUUAAAUUAUAUCAUAAAUUUCUUUUAUUAUUGUUAUAAAUCAUACUUUUCGAUGUUCAUUUGUAUCAUCUCUACAUCAUUUUAUUUCUUAUUUUUACAUCGUCAGGUUUAAUUUGGUUUAAUAUUUGCAAAAUUUACAAAAUACAGGUGUGGUAAAUAGUAUAGGAAACAUUUUCCCAAUCGCACAACACAUCAAAUCGUCAUCAACAUCAAAAUAUCUAAACCUGUACGAAACAUUUUAUUGGCCACUGGUGCUUAGCUGCAGGUCAUGAAUGUCGUCAUCUAAGGCAGCAGUUGGGGGUACCUAGGGUUAUUGAGUGUGACCGUGUUAUUUCUUCGAAUUUGAUGAUGCCGGCUAACAGUAAAGAAGUUUACCGAGAAGCUGCAUCCCAAGUGUUUUCGGAUUUAGUAUGUUGGGCAUGAGUAUUUGCUCGUAUUUCAAGUAUUAACUAUCAUUAUUGUGAUCGUGUGUUAAUAAAGUAUCAUUCACUAUUAUUAAUCAUUUGAACCACUUCGCCUCUGUUUUGAGACAUUGUGAUUGUGACACGGGACAACAAUCGAUUUUUGGUGGCAGUGGUGGGAUUAUUAUAUAUACAAUAAAGUAGCAGCGCAUCGAUUUUCUGAAUGCAGAUUACCUGAAACAUCGAUUCUCCAAAUGAUCACUAUUUUGUUAUUAUUUUUAUUAAUCUGAAUGCACAUGUUAAUGUAUUGUAUUUUGUAUAGAAAUGGUGCUAAAAUAGAAAUAUAAAAAUAGUAGCUUCUUUUUGGUGAGUUCAAAGGUCAUAUGCUUUAUGAAGGGUCAGGUCCUGGAAAAACUGGGGAGAACUCCUGAUGUUCACAAAGCUUCCUCUCUCUCACCCACAGAGGUUGCAGGCACCCGAGGUUAAGAAUACCUGUAGUAGGCUGUAGAUUUUUCAAAGUAGUUGGGUUGUUAUGCGAUAUAUAUUUUUUAGCAAGUUUGCAGAUCGCAUUAUCUCACCCUGGUCUCUUUAUGUAGGUUACCCUCUUACAGUCAAUAAGUAUCUAAUCUUACCUGGUUUGUGCGAGAAGGAUCCGAAAAUAGUUUUCCUGUGUCUGUAUGCAUGUUCCACUCCUGGCACAUUGCGCAUGAUAAAAUAAAAAAAUAAAAACUCUUGCCAUUAGGAUAAACAACUUUUUUGAUGAUGUGCAUUAGGAAAAUCGACUCUAUUCUGUACUAUUUUACAAAAAUUAACCUAAAUAAUGUGUAGAUAAUGAAUACUGUAAAGAAAGUAUACCUACACUUUAUAUUUCAUACAAAAUAAAGAAAGGUAUAAUUGUACUUAUACCACCCACCUGUUAUGGUUGUAAAAACAAUGGGGCUCCAUAUCACAGGAACGGUUUGAGAUUUUUUAUUUUAAAUUUCACCUAAAGAUUUUGUCACAAAAAUGCAGAGAUGUCAAAAAAAGCCUGUAGAAGUUUUAGAAAAAAAAGUAAUUCACAAUUUAAAAACAUCUUAUCAACUUCCUUCUCACGCUAGCCCCACCUCAGCCUAACCUUUAUUAUAAGAAAAUAGAAUUGCUGAAAGCGAAUAUUGUCCCCACUCAUGCCUAAUAAAUAGAAUUGCUAAAAGCAAAUAUUGUCCCCUCUCAUUUGGCAUUCAUUUCCCCGGUACUUAGGUCAACUCGGUCUAAGCCAAAAUGUUACUCUCAUCGUAAGCAGAUGAAAGAAAAUAUUCUGUAGAGUUGAAUAUUUUUAAGCCAGAUGAUUUCUUUCAGACAUAUUCUCAGUAUAAGUGAUGUGAUAUUCUCAAAGUCAUGACAUUCUCAGUCAGCCAUGCUAACCUCUAGGAAUAAAAAAAGCUUUAGCAAAAGUCACACAAAAAACUGCAAAAAGUCACCUAAAAACUACAGAAAUCACAUACAAAUGUUCAGAAAUUCACAAAAAGUGUUUUAAAAAAUUCACAAAAAACUAUACAACUGCAUGAAAAUUCUCCAGAAACAUGACAAGUCAAAAAAGUAUAAUUUAUGUUUUCACUUAAUCGUCACUGUUUUUAAUAGUUACAAACUUGACCUGCUUGAUAAUUUCUGGAUUAGUUUGAAAGCCCCAACAAAUCUCAUUGCUAAUUUAACAAUAAAAAAUAGAUGUGAUUUUUUCAUUUAAGUCAGCAUUCAAUUAAGCUCAACCAUUUCACUGAAAGUGUCCAUCUGUAACAUAAUAAUAAGACAUGAUUCUCAAGUAGUAGCUCUAUAAAAAGUAUACUUAUUUAUACAACUAAGAAGGUGGCGGCCGCUAAAGUUUUUGAAAGUUACAUUAAGACACGCCUUAGUAAUAUGUAGGUAUAAUGACUAAAGCCAUUCAAUGCAUGGUUAGUGAUAUUUAAUAUACUCAAUAGAAAUAAAAAGUGCACUUACUGACACUGCAGAUCUAGCUAAGAAUUACACAAAUGCACUUUUCAUUAUGGUACAAAGUUGUUACUGGUUCUACUGUGCAUCACUGUCUCUUAAUGAAUGAUACAGAUUCCUGUGCUUGCUUUAUUAUGUUAAUACUCUUGUGCACAUUUGUUUUUUCUAAAUCCAGUGAAAAUUGUACAAAAUCCUGCACUGCUUUACAUUUGAAAAAACGUACAAAUUAAAGUUAACUAUUAGAAAAAGAUGAGACUCGUUAACCUUGGAUGGCAACUCAUUUAAGAGAAGGAAACUCUGAAAUGAAACCCGGAGAUGGAGUCCCGAAAGGCGGAUAACAUUGAUACAAUGAAACAUUCCGACAACUCCUGCGACGUCACUGGUGCCAAGCUGUAACAUCCAUUGAUGUUCCCUUGGGUUACCCAGCGGCGUGGAGAGAGGCGAUUUGCUGUUGGGAACCAGCUUAUAAUCCUUGAAGUAUAAUCCCAGGCCAUGUGGAUUUCAUCCUCCGAAGCCCACUCCAUCGUCACAUUGUGACGGACGGAUGCCAGCAAAAAAAAAAAAAAAAAAAAAAAAAAAAAAAAAAAAAUUAGAAAAAGGCAUGUUUGCUCUCAGUGCAAGUCAUGACAAGUUUCUACAUUCCAACCACCUCCUAAUUUAAAGAUAUAUUUUUCAACUACAAACAAUUGCAUUGAAUAUUAUUUGUUAUUUCUGAUCAAUGUAGAGCUUAAAGGGUGUCUACCUAUCUGUGAAUAAAGAAGGACUGGAGAGAGCUUGGGACAAAAUAAAAGAAUCUCUUCCAACGAUCACAAGUUUAGAGCAGCUGACUUUUGGUCGGGCUCCUGCCUCAGUUUUGGAUGCUCUCACCCUGAACAUGCCAAACUUGCUUAACCUAAGUGCCACAGUUAUCAUAGAGCGGAACUCAGCGUAAGUCAGCAUUAGAUACGUUUCACCGGUUGUAGAACCAUAUUAUAGUGUUGUCUCGUAACAAUUAUUUUCUUGUGCCUCAGGAAGUGAAUUUACAAAUGGUUUUUAAUCCUGCUGUAGUAAUUUGUUUUGUAAUUAAUGCUUAUUUAGACUUUCCCCAGGGGCCUUAUGUCUAGGUAGAUUAAUUUUUUUUGUAAAUGAUGCUUAUUUAGACUUUCCCCAGGAUCUUUAUGUCUAGGUAUACUAAUUUGUUUUGUAAUUGAUGCUUAUUUAGACUUUCUCUAGGGGUCUUAUGUCUAGGUAUUUUCCAAACAAUAACAUUUCAAUAUAGCUUACACUUUUUUUUAAACUAAAGGGUUGGAUAAAACUAAAUAAAACACAUUCUUAGCCCUUUAAGGGCCAGUCCAUAAAUGACAUGUUAUUCUUUAGGCCACUAAGGGCCAGUCCAUAAAUGACAUGUCAUUCUUAAGGCCACUAAGGGCCAGUCCAUAAAUGACAUGUCAGUUUUUAGCCCAUUUUUAACUCUCCUUCCUCCCUCAGAAUGGUCCCAACUUCAUAACACAAAUUAGCCACUUUUAUUGAUCAUAAUUGACACAAAUUUGUGAGGGGCCCCCAUCCCCUGACAUGCAAUCUAGGAACCAUUAGUAGGAGCCUCUGCAAACAGUAAUUACUCAAGUGACUUCUAGUUUGCACCAGAUUCUUAUAUGUCAUAUUGAAUUCAAAGUGGAAAAUUGUGUCCUAUUUUGUGGUGUCCCUGUGAUACAGCCACAAUUCCCCCAGUUUAUGCGGCUCCCUAGGGAUAUGUGUCAAACAUUUUGGGAAUCACUGGGCUACGUCCAACAGACUGCAAAGAAAACCCAUUACACAUCUUUUUUAAUGUCUAUAAAAUAAAUUAAAUAUUUUGGGGGAGGGGGGGUAUGUCAAAAGAUCAUUGUAUCUAUAGGGGUUUCCAAAAUGUAAGUUGCCGGGGGGGGGGGGGGGGGUGUUGACUAUUUAUAUGUAUUCUAUGGAUUAUCCUUAACAUCCUGAAAUCAACUACAUCUCCAUUAACUUUACAUCCUGUAAUCAACUACAGCACUCUCACAUUACAUCCUGUAAUCAACUAAUAACCAUUACCUUUACAUCCUGUAAUCAACUAUAGCACCAUUAAUUUUACAUCCUGUAAGUAACUAAGCAGGAUUUACUCUGUAGUGACAUGAUAACAAAUGAGAAAGAUAAUUAUUUCCUGUUUUGAUCUCCUGUUUCAGGUCUGCCGAUCCUCACUGUACCGUGUCAACUGGUCGCAUGAUAAGCAAUAUGACAGAUGCUGUUGAGGCUGUAACGAAUGGGGUUUUAUCAGCCUCUGUUGCAGCCAAGCUGUACCAAGUAUCAGAGAAAGAUCUUAAACACUUGACUCUGAAGCCCAAAAACAUCAAAAUUACCAAAGAAGAGGAAACAUCAAUUCUUACAUGCUGCCUUCGUUUAAGUCGAAUGGGUUUUUCUAUAAAUCUGGCAACUGUUGUCGCCAAAUGCCAGGAAGUACUUGCCAUAAAAUAUUCUAGCAAUGAGACCAUUCCAAUAUUGGCCAACUAUUGCAAUGAUCUAUUUUCUCAAAAUGCCCCGUUACUUCUACACGAAAAAACAGAGAGAAAUGCAAGUCUUGCCCACAGACUGGAAAUCUAUUACUCCUCUCUUCGUCACCUGUACAAUAACAUAGGGCCUAAAAAAAUUACUGGCGCCAGUCAGGUUUUUGCCUUUGACGUGAAAACUUUUAAAGUGACGACAAGCAAAUCAACAAUGACAAAAAGGUUCAUCAACAUCACGGCCCUGUCAUUACUGUCUGUAUCUGAAAAAACAUUUCCGAUCAUGCUGGUUUUUCCAACUGCCGUAGAAAGCAAACACCCGGAGCUGCUCAUCGCCCAAGCCAAGCAUGGCCUGGCCACAUCGCAGCUGGUGACCCAGUACCUGACCACGGUUUUGAAAGAUGAAAUCAAGGACCCUGCCGUGGUGCUGUGCAAUGGCCACGCCGCUUUAUUCAGCGUGUCCCUCCUCGAUUACUGCAUGACCCACUGGGUGUACUUGCACUGUGUACCAACUGACCUUGCCGCAUAUGUAUUUCCUGGUAAUCUUGGUGGAGUCAUGCAGAUCUUAAGAGAUUAUGACAGUGAAGCCCACCUGGACAUUCCCAUGUUCAUGGAUCUGCUGGUUCAGUUAUUAAAUAAACGUAAAAGUGAAAUCACCAACAGCACCAAACGAGCCAUGAUGGCCUGUGGCGUCUUCCCCGUCAAUCCUAAAGCCCCUUAUCAGUAUCAGAACAUAAACAAGGCGUUGGCCUCGUCCUUGCCAUCGACAGAAAAAAGGAGCACAUUUACAUUUAAUAGUAAUAGUUUGUCAAAGGUUACAGAGCCCCCUCGCCUACUUGAAGAAAAGGGUAAGAAUAAUCCUAACACUGAAGAAGUGGGUCAUUAUCCAGGACCUGUGGAGUGCCGCAUUCUAAAGAAACGAAAUACGAUCAAUUCUGCUUCAAGAAAAUCUUAUAAUAAUCCAACAGCUACAACUAGCAAGAAAUUACUCAUUCAGAAUCCAACAGCUAUGACUAGCACAAAAGUACACAUACAGAAUCCCACAGCUACGACCAGCAAGAAAUUACUCAUACAAAAAUUUCUUAAAGUGAAAAAGAAGAAAGCUGUAUUGCAAGCCAAUAAGUGUGUGCAAAGGGCUUUGUUGGGUAAGAUCAAAUCUGUCAAGUUAUCUAAAAAUGCUAAAUCUAUUGAGCACACGGAUCAGUCAGUGUCCAUUACAGCAAGUCAAAUCAAUAUUAAUGAUCCGUCUGCAUCAGAGGCUCUACUUACAGUAACUUCAGGCCCAGGUGUAAGGUCAGGUCCAGGUGUAAGGUCAACAGUGGCUAGAAUAGGUCAACAAAAAACAACAAAGAAUACAGUGUUCACUAGUGAGUCAAAGAAAGGACAAUUCACCAGCAUCGUCACUCCAAAUUGUCAGACACUGAAAGAGAGCUCGUCGGAAGAGAGUCGCCAUGUAGAUGAGAUUAUAGAUUUUGUCAUAACUCAGAGUCGUGAAGAAUAUGACAAAAAAGCUUUGCAGUCUGAAUCUACUGGUCAACUGGCAACCCUGGCAACCCAUCAAACACAUGAGGGAAAAGCUUUGCAGUCUGAAUCUGCUGUUCAACUGCCAACCCCUCAAACACAUGACAGAAAAGCUUUGCAGUCUCAAUCAAAUGGUCAACUGAUAACGCCUGAGGUUAGCAAGGCCUGUUAUGAUGAUAGCCAGUCCGAAAAUUGUCAGACCAUCAAGAAAAGAUCUGACCACACUGCGAAAAAGACAGUUAGAAAAAAUUCCAAUCUUGACGGAAGCUCAAAAUUCUUGGAGAACAUCGACAAACACAUAGCCAUAGAAAUCAAGAGUGUCAGCGACACUAGCAUAGUGCUGAAAGCCAAACAAGUUUCAGAUGUUCCAUAUGGCCCUAAGAAUGAGACGAAUAUGAAAGACAGUGAUGAUGAAGGUGAUGCUGCGGACAAGGCUGGUGAUAUCGAGCGUAUCAAAUUGCAGCAAGUGCAAGAGAGUGAUGAUGAGGACGGUGGUGAUAUGUCGGGUAAAGAUGAAAAAGAGCAGCGCAGUGAGGAUCCAUCAAAAGAGGAAUCAGCUGGGAGCUUACCUGACAACAGAGACAAAAGAAAGAAACAUAAGAGGAAAAAGAAGAGGAGACAGAGAUAUGAGGAUGAAAGUGAUGCUGAGACGAGUGUCACAAGUCCAGUCAAAGAUAAGAGAAAGAAAAAGAAGUCAAAAAAGAAGAAAUCUAAAUCCAGAAGAAGAGGUUCUCCAAUUAUUGCUGUUAGUCCUCUUAAUAUGUCUAAAGACAGUUCUGUUGAAAAAAUUGAUCAUUCAGAACUGGAUUCUUUAACUCAUAAACAGAAUGUUUUGUUCUUAGACCACGACUAUUUUAAGAAAUCUGAUGAUAACACGGAGCUUGUGAAUAACACGGAGCUUGUGAAUAACACCAAACUGUCUGGUUGUGUAGAAGUUAAGUCAGAGACAUCUGCCAGUGAUUUAGACAAAAGUAGAAAUGUUGUUUCCAAUGGUGAUCCUCCAGAAGUAGAUUCAAACAAUGGAGAAGUGAGGCCCUCAAAGGUUACCGAGCAUUCAUACAGCCAUGGUCUGGACGGAAGUGCACAAGACAUAUCACAAGAAAGCCAUUCUGGGGAGACAGAUUCUGUGAACAGCAGUGAGGAUGAAUCUAGUGAUGGCAGUGGAAGUAGUGAUAGUAAUAGUAGUAGCAGUGGUAGCAGUGUAGAUGGUAGCGAUGAUGUUAGCUGGAGUAGUGGAAAUAAAAGUAGUAGUAUAAGCAGUAGUGGUGACAGUUCAUCUUCUAACGAUGAGAAUGGCAGUAGCAGUGAUCAGUCCACCUCACAUUCCAAAGCCAAAAGGUAUCAGAAAAAUAAGCCGGAGAGUGCCGACAGUAACUCAACCGAUGGAGAUGAUGAGAGUAGCAAUUUUGAUGCCGAUGAUAAUGAUGAGGAGAGUGAGGGUGAGGAGGAUGACGACUCCAAGUGCCAGAUGUGCAUGAGGGCUGCCCCGCCACACUUUAAAGACAAAACUAUUGAUUGGGUCGAUUGUGACGGCAAUUGUGGGCGAUGGUUUCAUGUCAUCUGUAUUAUCAGGUCCCAGUCCAAGGCAGACCCCAACCACUAUGUGUGUCCUUCAUGUAAGUGUAAAAGAUAGGAACCAGAGAGGCUUACACCGACCACUGUGUGUCGUCCUUGUAAGUGUAAAAGACAGGUCUCAGUUCGAGGCUGACCCAAACCACUGUGUCCAUAAGGUAAAUUGUAAAGUUUAUGACGUUAUUGUCUACAGUGAUGGACUGGAACUCUUUCUUUAAACCUUUUGUAGUCUGCAAACACUAGCAUUGGCAUGAUACCGUAACAAACACUAUCAUUGGCAUAAUACUGUAACAAACACAAGCAUUGGCAUGAUGCUGUAACAAGCAUUGGCAUGAUGCGGUAACAAUAACAUAAUUUACAGAACUGAUACAGUUUUGAAAAAAAUUACAUGUGAGAUGUUGUUGAUACAUUUACUACAGCACUGUAAUGAUUAUAAUCAAUGUUGGCACAUUUACUACAGUACUGUAAUGAUUAUAAUCAAUGUUGGCACAUUUACUACAGUACUGUAAUGAUUAUAAUAAAUGUUGGUACAUUUAUGGUACUGUAACUGUAAUGAUUAUAAUAAUUUUUUUAAAAAGAGGUUGAGAAUUGUUGACAAGAGAUACUCAUGUAUUAUUGUGCUGCAGAACAGUCAUGAUCCAGCCAUGCUGUACAUAGAGAAUGUAAAUGUAACAUGAGUUUAAUAAGAUAAAUUAAAGUAAUUUUUGUAAAUAAAUAUUGUUUGACUUGCAAAUCUACUUCUGUACCCGGUACUUCUGGUGAUUCUGAUAAGAUUAUAAGUGUCUUUAUAAUCCUGCAGCUAGGUAUAAUCAUUAGCAGCGCAGCUAGUGUUGAAUAUCAAUUUGAUGAUCUCCCUUUUGUCUUUUCAGUUGCAGCCAAUUGUUUGGUAUUUUCUUUAAUAUAAAAGUAUUACUGGAACAUUUUAAAAUGCAUGCAUCAAAUCUACCUUUUAAAUGGUUCUCUACCUAGAAGCUGGAGAGUUCUGUAAUUGUCAAUAAAACCAAGUCUAUAUUUCUGAAUCAUUUCAAAUUCAUAUUUUAAAAAUGUAGACAAUGCCAUAUUAUUUUAACUUGUCC